ACCUGCUCUAGGGCUUCUUGUGAUACUCUGCACAUUUACGCGAUAUCUUACGCUUUCCUGAAUCGAAUUAUCCUCAUUGGCUGGUCUGGCCCGCCUUACCAAGGUGACUUGCAUCACGUAUAACCAUGCAAAAUAACCAGAGGGCUGAUGCCUAAACUCGUCUAUACAUCCAUGGCCCAUUGUAAAAGUAAACAGAAUCUUGCAGCAUUCUGCAUAUUCUACAUUCUGCAUUUUUAUGGUCCUCUCUUCAGAUGCAGCCCACCCGCGUUGUUCUUGAAACAGAACGAAGGACGACCUCUUUGGAAGAAGGCUAUGUUGACGUAUCAGACGAAGAGUUAGCGACCCUACUUCGACUAUGUCACGAUACAGCAGAAUCUCUGAAAGCUGAAAUGAAAACGCGACAGCUUCGUAUCCCUAAUUUCAUUCCGGAAAAUUCUUCUCAGUUCUACAACGCGUUAGACAAAGCAGCGAGAAGGUUCAAGGUCGUAGAUCGUGUUGACAACCGUGCUUCGAAGCAUGUAGACACUGCUAUAACCAUUCUUACCCAAGUUCAGACGAAUCGCUCGGGUCAGGUUUACCAAGAGUUCCUACAUGAUGUUCUACGCCACAGCAGUCCUGGUGUAGUGAUGCUCUGCGCUGUGGCAUUUGGAAAACAAAAGCUCGCAAACAUGCGCGAGGACGAGAGAAUGAACAUUUUGGACGUGGUGAGAGUCAAGGGGGGCAGCUUGCAAUCGCCUUCGCUUGAUGUGCUCGCAGAUGAUUAUGGAGUGCCAUCCUUGGACAGUAAGCAUGUCAACAUCUUGGUGAACAGCAGCUAAGACGACCAGGCCCCCAGAUUGUUCCUAUUUCGGGCAUGAGGAAACGGAAACGAAGGAUGACCUUACAACCUGAGUUCCAAGGUACAUAGUGUCGAACUCAGGAUCCUUACUGUAGUAGAUUAACGAGGAUCCAGAAUUUUACGGUAUGAACGUCGACGAAAUGAACAGCACAGACCAAUUUAAUCUCUCUCUAUCGCAUUCCUCUGCCUCUACUGUUAGGCAACAGUCAGCAAUCGGACAAGAACGAGAGACUUUCGUGGAAACACAGACCAU